UCUCUGCUACCUAAGUCUAAAGUCUUCCCCACAUUUACCUAUAGACCCUGUCAACAAGUUAUAUUAGGACAUUAAUUUAAAUAGAGAAUCAUUUUCUUAGUCCUGACAAAAUCUUGGAUGAAACUGAUGAUCCACUUUGUAUUCAUCCUCAACUUCAACUAUCUUCCAAAUUUUUAAAGAUUUUUUUAUCCUUUUACUUUUCUUGGUUUUGUGAACAAAUGAUCUUGUUAUAUAUGACAUAGAUAGAAAAUGGUUUUGUUGUUUGUCUUUCAUUGUCACUUGAGGAACCAUCAAGAUUGGUAUUACCAAAGUUGAUAAAAUUUGAGUCUUUGAGGGGAGUUUCUUGCUACAAUUUUAUUCUUGUUUAAUAACCAAAAUAUACAAAUCUUGGCUUACAUUUUGACCCUACAAGAAAUGUCAUAGUACAAAUUUUUGUUUCCUCAUAUCUCUGGUGGGCAAUUCACUGUAGCUGGAUACCAAAACAGUUAAGAAGCAAUCUCUUUAAUGUUGGUUUUUCCUUCAAUGAAUUGUGUGGUUUUGUGAGUCAAUAUAAUUAAAGCUUGUCUGCUGUGUAUCUACCUAUGCCCACUUUCUUUAAUUCUACUUUUGGCCGUAACCCCAUUUGAAAACUCCGCCAAAAUUUGCAUAAUAUAUUUACCCUUUUUACUAUAUAGUGGUAUAAAACUAGUGUGUGUUUAUCUAGCAUUGCAGCAGUUCUUGAAUUAUCUUGGAUCAGCAAAAAAAAAAAAAAAAAAAAAAAUUUAAUGCAAUGUUAUUUUUCUUGGUUUCUUGUUUUUCUUUCAUACUACUAUUUUCUAAGUCUUGGAAGAGUACAAUGGGAGAUUUCUCAAAUAUCUGGUUCUGUGAAGAUUUUUUGAAGUUUUUGGCUUCAUGGUUCAGAAAAGAUAGGAAUGCUAUUAGUUACUUGAAUUUGCCUCUAAUGAAAAAGACUGUUGAGUCAAAACUAGAGAAUGUUGUGGAGAAGGAAGAGGAGAUUUCUUUAUUGGAUUUGCCUGAUUUGACUUUGGAAUGUAUCUUUGAGAGACUUCCACCAAAUGGUCUUUGUAGUAUGGCUGCAGUUUGCAGUUAUUUGAGAGAAAAAUGCAAAAGUGAUCAUUUGUGGGAGAAACAUAUGAAGGAAAAAUGGGGUGCAUUGAUAGGAUCUGUUGCUUAUAGAGAAUGGCAAUGCUACAUUGCUUCAAGAAAUAAUGAUUCCCUCUUGGAAAAUUCAAGAAAAAAGAGAGAUUUACUUGGGAAAUUUUCAGAAAUUAGGAAACUUUUAUGGAAUAGAUCAAAAGGAAAUGAAGAUAACAGCAAGGUUAGAAGUUCUUCAGCAAUUAUGGAUUGGUAUCUCUCCCUUGAGUCUGGCAAGUUUUGGUUCUCAGCUCAGGUUUUUAACCGCGAGGUGCAGAAUGGCCAUGUUGGUUUUAUGCUAUCUUGUUAUGAUGCUGAAGUUAGCUAUGAUUGUAACAAAAAUACCUUCAGAGCAAGGUAUCCGUCACAGGCGAGGCGAAUAGUAGAAGAAAACAUAGAAUGGAAUAGGCUAAGAGCACCAACUGUUGAUACUCUCC